AUGCGCUGCAUACGGUUAUUUUUACCCUUCCUACUUGCAGCGCUGCACACAACCCAGGUGGUGGGCUUCGGCUUCGGCGGUGGCCACGGAAAAGGAUAUGUACAGGAGUCAGCUGGCGGCCUCGUCGUUGAUCCACAAGAUCAGGCUGAGCGUGAACGCAUCAAUGCCGAAAUGGACGCCAACGCAGUCACUUAUGGGGAGGAAACGGAACAGCUCUUUACAUACUUCAAGUCUAAAGAUGGACAAGUUACCCUUAAUAUGUCCUGCAGCAAAUCUGCUCUCGUUUUUGAGCAGGAGGAGUCUCCCCUGCCAGUCGGGUGCAAUUUAACCUACGAUUUCCAGCGUUCCAUCGCGCUCUCCUUUGAAAUUGACUACCCGCCGGUGGUCUACCUAGCUCCUGCGUUCUGGCUUCACCUACAGCCCACAGCCUCAUCCGGACCAUCAAACAUCUACCUGAAUCUCACCAUCCAGGGAGUGAGGAUGGGUGUAGCCUAUCUGCGAAUUUGGGCUCGUGAAGCUAUCGAGGAGGAGAAGAGUGGAGCCGGUGUUUAUGUGUGGCACAAUUGGAGCCGGUCGGACCCUGUGCUCGUGGAGGCCUACUUGUCGAAGCUGGCGAACAGAAGUGAGAUUGCUUUCGGGAUCGCCAUGCUGGUUCCGAUUAAACCAGAAUUUGGUUUUGGACUCCUGACUGUCGGCUGUUCUCCCGGUGGCGCAGGCUCAAACGUGUGGACUCUCCUACUGCACGGUGAUCUGAACCUCAGUAUGACGAUGACAUUUAUCAGCAGCGUUGCCGCCCUAGUUCACGAAAAUGUAAUUACGAAAACCAUCGGCAUGUUAUAG